AGGUCGCAGCAGUGGCAAAGGACCACCUCAGCCCACGAUUUCGUUCGAUGGCAUCUAUGCAAACAUGAGAAUGGUUCACAUCCUUACAUCAGUUGUCGGAUCCAAAUGUGAAGUGCAGGUGAAAAAUGGUGGUAUAUAUGAAGGAGUUUUUAAAACCUACAGUCCUAAGUGUGAUUUAGUGGUCGAUGCUGCUCAUCGGAAAACUGCGGAAUCCAGUUUGGGGCCAAAACGUGAGGACAUCCUAGAGAGUAUCUUGUUCAAGUCUUCAGACUUUGUCAUGGUGCAUUUUAAGGACAUGGAUACCAAUUAUGCAAGAAGAGAUGCUUUUACUGAUUCAGCCAUCAGUGCUAAAGUCAAUGGAGAACACAAGGAAAAGGAUCUGGAACCAUGGGAUGGAGGAGAGACUACUGCUUCUGAGGAGCUUGAGGCUUUAGAGACAGACGUUUCUAAUGGAUGGGAUCCCAAUGACAUGUUUCGUUACAAUGAAGAAAAUUAUGGUGUAGUAUCAACUUAUGACAGCAGUUUGUCUUCUUAUACGGUGCCAUUAGAAAGAGAUAAUUCAGAAGAGUUUUUAAAGCGGGAAGCCAGAGCAACUCAAUUAGCAGAGGAAAUUGAAUCAAGUGCCCAAUACAAAGCUCGAGUUGCCUUGGAAAAUGAUGAAAGGACAGAAGAAGAAAAAUAUACUGCUGUUCAGAGAAAUGCUAAUGAAAGAGAAGGACACGGUGUGAACACUAGAGAAAAUAAAUACAUUCCGCCUGGGCAGAGGAACAGAGAUGUCCUGUCCUGGGGAAGUGGAAGACAAAACUCACCGAGGAUGGGCCAGUCUGGAUCAGGCCCACCAAUAUCAAGGUCUGGAUCCCACACUUCGGAGUUCAGCCCUAACUCUGGAGCAGAUCAGAGAGUAGUUAACGGAGGUGUUCCCUGGCCAUCGCCUUGCCCAUCUCCUUCCUCUCGCCCACCUUCUCGCUACCAGUCAGGUCCCAACUCUCUUCCACCUCGGGCAGCCACCCCUACACGGCCGCCCUCCAGGCCCCCCUCGCGGCCCUCCAGGCCCCCGUCUCACCCCUCUGCUCAUGGUUCUCCAGCUCCUGUCUCUACUAUGCCUAAACGCAUGUCUUCAGAAGGGCCUCCACGGAUGUCUCCUAAGGCACAACGGCACCCUCGAGGUCACAGAGUCUCUACUGGUAGGGGUACAAUUUCAAGUGGCUUAGAAUUUGUAUCUCAUAAUGCACCUGGGGAAGCAUCUACUGCUGCAGUGGCACGAGGCAGCCCUUCAGGUGGGACGUGGUCAUCAGUUGUCAGUGGGGUUCCAAGAUUAUCUCCUAAAACACACAGGCCUAGGUCUCCAAGGCAGAGCAGCACUCCCGUGGGACCAGCUCUGCCUUCUCCUCAGCCUGGUACUAUUCCCACUGAAUCUGUUGCCAUGCCUGUUCCAGCUGCCUCUCCUACACCUGCCAGCCCUGCAUCCAACAGAGCAGUUACCCCUUCCAACGAAGCUAAAGACACUAGGCUUCAGGACCAGAGGCAAAACUCUGCAACUGGAAACAAGGAGAAUAUAAAGCCAAGUGAGACUUCUCCUAGUUUUCCUAAACCUGAAAACAAAGGUGUAUCUCCAAUUGUUUCAGAGCAUAGAAAACAGAUUGAUGAUUUAAAGAAAUUUAAGAAUGACUUUAGGUUACAGUCAAGUUCUUCUUCAGAUGCAGUGGAUCAGCUGCUAAACAAAACCCGAGAAGGGGAAAAGUCAAGAGAUGUAGUUAAAGAAAAGACAGAAUCCACCCCUAAAGAAUCUAUCAUAGAGCCUGGCAGUAAUACUAACUCCAAUGGUGGCAGUAGCAAACCCAAUAGUCCCAGUAUUUCUCCUUCCAUAAGUAAUAGCUCUGAGCAAAAACGAGGGCCUGAGGUGACUUCCCAAGGUGUACAGACAUCUGGGCCUGGAAGCAAACAAGAUAAAGAGGAUAAAGAGGAGAAGAAAGAUACUGCUGAGCAAGUUAGAAAAUCAACACUUAAUCCUAAUGCAAAAGAGUUCAACCCUCGAUCUUUUGCUCAA